AUGGAUCAAUUACCUGAUGAAAUGUUGAUGGCCAUAUUUCAGUACCUCGAUUUCAAAAGUCGUCUGAAAGCUUCUGCCGUAUGCUGGAAAUGGCACACGCUGCUUCAGGUGUGUAACGUACAUAGGGACGAUGUGGCGGUGGUGAACGUCUUCGGGUGCAAGGUAUGGGAUGUUAAUAUCGACGACGCGGCCAAAGAACGACUGGGAACAGCACUGUCCGGUUCAGCGGACCAGCUGGUCAGCAUUCCCAAGCGUUGCAGCUCACUGAAGAUAUGGUUUGACAAAAAAUCAUUCGUUUCUAAAGUGCUGAAAGUGCUGGCAGGGAAUAACAUGAAGACGAAAUGUCUCGAUCUCUAUCCGUAUGACGACGUUCUCCCUUUAAAUAUCGUCAAAAAGCACUUUCCUGAUUUAGAGGCACUCAUUCUUCGUCCACAUUCAACUGAGUUCUUCUGGACCGGUAUGGAUAUGCCUUAUUUUCCGAACUUUUCACACUUAAAGACGCUUAUCCUCGAGAACGUGACCCUUUGUGGUACUGCUGCAUUUCCUCCAUCGCUCAGACAGUUAGAGUGGCAUCACCGUGACGACUCUGCGCUCGAAGCAUUCAUGGACAAAGUUUCCGCUUGCCGCAAUUUGCAGUGUCUGAUGAUUGCUUACGUGCAUUUUGACGCAUCAAGUCUUACAAGGCUUUUGUCCAUCUUCACGCAGUUAAAGUUUUUGCGCACUCUUGGAUUCAAAUUCGUCAGGUUUCCAGUGUUGACACAAUUGGAAUGUGGCACUAACUCUCCUCCAAUCAAAAUUUUAAAGCUUGAUUCAUGUUACGGUAAUAUUCGUGAUAUAGUGACCAUGUUUCGAAAUUUCAUUCCCGUUACUCUGAGCUUUUUAUCCAUAAACACGAUUUUGGAGGAAAACCAGCUGUCAGACAUCAAUAGUCUUGUCCCGUCGCUUGCUCGACAGAAUAUUUUACUGCAUCUGGGAAUUAUGCAGCGGAUUACAGGGUAA